AUGCCUUCUCCCGCCGGCAGCGGCAGCGGCAGCAGGAUGCCUUCUCCCGGCGGCGGCGGCAGUGGUGGCCGGAUGCCUUCUCCCAGCUGCGGCGGCGUUGGCGCCGGCGUCGGCUUCUCUCGUCGGCUCCCCAACGACCCACCUCCACUCAGCCCUUGCGCGUUGAACUUCACAGAGCCUCACGCCGCCACCUGGGACGCCUGCAGAAUGACAACAUCACCAGCAGAAGUGUACGAGGUCGCCGGCGACGACUUUAGCCCCAACCAUUGGACGUCUGACUACUCGCAACCAUGGGCUUCAAGUUCACAAUAUUUCACAAACAUAAUGACACAGGAAAAGGAUGAUGAUUUAGAAUUGAUUCAUAUCAGCAAUGACCCUAUCAUAGGGAAUGAUCAGGCAGGAAAAACUUAUUGGGAGAGGAUUGCUAAUGAUUUCCACAGGAACAGGGACUUUGAGUCCGAUAGGACUCCAAAUUCACUCGAGCAUCGCUUUGGAAUCAUACUAAAGGAGUGCAUGAAAUUCCAAGGCUACUACAAGGAGGUCGAGCGUCGUCAUCCAAGUGGCGUCCCAUACAAAGAACGUUUGCUGGAAGCCCAUGAAAGAAAGCAAUCCAAAGAGAAGCUGAAAAAAAAUGAAGGAGAGGAUGAGUACAAGGAUAUGAUGCAAACCUUAGUGGUACUCAAGACCGAGGAAUAUAAGAUGAAGAAGGAAAGGUGGGACGAGGAUAUGAUGCUUGAGCAGCACAGGAUUGAGGUGGAAGAGCGGCGUCUGCAGUGGGAGCAAGAACAGAAAGUUAUGUUUUGUGAUGUCACCACCAUGGAUGAUGAUCAAAGGGCAUAUGUGAAGGCAAAGAGAGCUCGGAUUGUGAAGGAGAUGAGCGGUAGUGUAAGCGAGACGGCUAGUGGUGAGAGUGGAGUGUAG